UACUCUACUAAAGCGAGCAUCAAACCCGAACAUAGGCCAGGCGAUGUCGGGAAAUUCGUCGUUGACCUAGUUGUUGGAGGUGUAUCUGCUGCUUUAUCGAAAACGGUCGUCGCACCUGUCGAAAGAGUGAAACUACUGUUACAGGUCCAAUAUUCACACAAGAGUAUUGGUGUCCAGAAUCGUUAUAAAGGAAUCGUGGACGCUUUCAUUCGUGUUCCUAGUGAGCAAGGUUUUCUCUCUUUUUGGAGAGGAAAUUUCACAAAUGUGAUGCGUUAUUUCCCCACACAGGCUUUAAAUUUCGCUUUCAAUGAUCUCUACAAAUCAGUUCUUCUCAAGGAUGUCAGUUAUACAUCCGGUGGUUGUGCAGGCUCCACAACUCUCUGUUUCGUGUAUCCACUUGAUUUUAUACGGACUAGGCUAUCCGUCGACGUCGGUACCCACAAAGCCAAUAGAGAUUACUUGGGCUUUGUGGAUUGCCUUAAGCAGACCGUUCAGUCUGAUGGCGUAAAAGGAUUGUAUAGAGGUUUCUUCAUUUCUAUCCAAACCUAUUUCAUAUAUCGUGCGGUGUAUUUUGGUAUGUAUGAUACCAUACGACAAUCUAUAGAGAAAGAUAAGAAAAAUUUGCAUUUCGUCAGCUCUUUUGUCAUCGCCCAAGUGGUGUCAAUCUUCUCUGCUUAUUUGACGUAUCCAUGGGAUACAGUUAGGCGGAGAAUGAUGAUAAAAGGUACUUUAAGCACUGGAAAAGCAUUUACGGCUGCAAAACGUAUUCUUGCUGAGGAAGGCAUACCUGGAUUGUUUAAAGGAGGAUUGGCUAACAUUCUCAGGUUAGCAGUUAAACAUCUAAAAGCGUUAUUUUACAAAACUCAAAAGCAUCUACUUGCAUUUUACUAA